AUGUUUUCAUGGGCCAUACCCGAUAAAAGAGUUUGGGAACUGGGACGAAGCUCUACCUAUGAUCUGGUUGAACUUGGGCUUGAGUACCCAGAUGAAGCUGAGCUUGAAUCUGAGCUUAAGACCAUUGAGGCCUUCCCUUCAAUCGUUUUCGUAGGUGAGGCGAGGAGUAUGGAGGAAAAGCUUGUUGAUACGGUGUUGGGGAAUGCUUUUCUGUUGCAAGGAGGGGAUUGUGCCGAGAGUUUCAAGGAGUUCAGUGCUAAUAAUAUUCGUGACACUUUCAGAAUUAUUCUUCAGAUGAGCGUUGUUCUCAUGUUUUGUGGACAAAUGCCUAUUAUUAAGUUUGCUAAGUCGAGAUCAGAUCCAUUGGAGGAGAAGAAUGGAGUGAAGCUGCCAAGUUACAAGGGAGACAAUAUCAAUGGUGAUGCUUUUAAUGAGAAAUCGAGAAUUCCUAACCCUCAAAGGAUGAUAAGGGCUUAUUGCCAAGCUGUGGAAACUCUGAACCUUCUUAGAGUCUUUGCAACUGGAGGUUAUGCUACAAUGCAGAGGGUCACACAGUGGAAUCUUAAUUUUGUGAAGCACAGUGAGCAGGGAGAUAGGUUUGUUGUAUAA